GGUCAGAGCACAGUGAGAGGGCGAGAUACGUUUUUAUCGUGCUGUCAGAACUGAAACCAAAAUAAAACGAACCAAAAAAGAAAGUAAAUACUGAAGAAUUAGUAGAAGACGAGUCCCGUCCUGGUAAAGGGGGUAAGCGUGUGAAAGACCCGGCCUGUUUUAUCCGCGCUGCUAUGUGACAGAGCGGCCUGUUGUGUGUUUAUUAGCUUAGCUUAGCUUAGCUUCGCUUCACAGUGUGUCAGUGCGGCUGACGGAGUAAACAGACCAGUUACUAAAGGCUGAAGGAGAAGAUGUGGGGAUUAAUACAGCUGUCGUCUAUGUAGCAGCGUUAUGAGUCCGUAGGUGGGAUGGUGUGUGAGCGGUGUGUGUAGCGGCAGCAGACAGCAUGGCCCACUUCGAUACAGAAUACCAGCGUCUGGAGGCGUCCUACAGCGACUCACCUCCAGGAGAGGAGAAUCUGCUGGUUCACGUACCAGAGGGCUCGAAAUCUCACUGGCAUCACAUCGAAAACUUGGACCUCUUCUUCCAAAGAGUCUAUAAUCUUCAUCAGAAGAACGGGUUCACUUGUAUGCUUCUGGGGGAAAUCUUUGAGCUCGUGCAACUGGUCUUUGUGGUGACGUUCACCGUUUUUCUGGCCAACUGCGUGGAUUACGACAUCCUGUUCGCCAACAAGUUCGUCAAUCAUACCGAAUCGUCCAAAGUGACUCUUCCUGAUGCUUUUCUUCCCGUGGACGUGUGUCACGAUCGGAUCCGUGACAACGUCUUCGUUAUUUUCAUUCUGGUGAUAUCUGGAGUGUUCUGGCUCCAUCGCUUGGUCAAAUUCAUCUACAACGUCUGCUGCUACUGGGAGAUCCGUUCGUUCUACAUCAACGCUCUGAAAAUAUCGACGGCGGACCUUCCUUAUUUCACCUGGCAAGAGGUGCAGGCGCGGAUCAUCGAGAUCCAAAAAGAGCAUCAGAUCUGCAUCCACAAAAAGGAACUGACCGAGCUGGACAUCUACCACCGCAUCCUGCGCUUUAAGAACUACAUGGUGGCGAUGGUGAACAAGUCCCUGCUGCCCAUCCGUUUCCGUUUACCCCUGCUGGGAGAUUGCGUCUUCUACACGCGAGGUCUCAAGUACAACUUUGAGCUGAUCUUCUUCUGGGGUCCCGGCUCACUGUUCGAAAACGAAUGGAGUCUGAAGUCCGAAUACAAGCGCGGAGGAAACCGGCUGGACCUGGCCGAUCGUCUGAGCUCGAGGAUCUUGUGGAUCGGCAUCGCCAAUCUGCUCCUGUGUCCCGUCAUUCUCAUCUGGCAGAUCCUGUAUGCGUUCUUCAGCUACACAGAGGUCAUUAAACGUGAGCCCGGCAGCCUCGGGGCCCGCUGUUGGUCCCUGUACGGCCGCUGCUACCUGCGCCACUUCAACGAGCUCGACCACGAGCUCAUGUCUCGCCUCAGCAAAGGCUACAAAGCGUCCUCUAAGUACAUGAACUGUUUUAUGUCGCCGCUGCUCACAGUGGUGGCCAAGAACGUUGCCUUCUUCGCAGGGUCCAUAUUAGCCGUACUCAUCGCUCUGACCAUAUACGACGAGGACGUUCUGUCUGUAGAGCACGUUCUCAGCAGCAUCACACUCCUCGGGGUUUGCAUUACAAUCUGCAGGUCAUUUAUUCCUGACAAGCACAUGGUGUUUUGCCCAGAACAGCUGCUCAAAGUGAUCCUAGCGCACAUCCACUACAUGCCGGACCACUGGCAAGGCAACGCCCACCGCUACGAGACCAGAGACGAGUUUGCACAACUUUUCCAGUAUAAAGCUGUGUUCAUCCUAGAGGAACUUCUCAGUCCCGUCAUCACGCCAUUCAUCCUCAUUUUUUGCCUGCGCCGCAAAUCCCUGGAGAUCAUCGAUUUCUUCCGUAAUUUCACCGUGGAGGUGGUGGGCGUAGGAGACACCUGCUCUUUCGCUCAGAUGGACGUCCGACAUCACGGCCAUCCAGCCUGGAUGUCUGCAGGGAAGACGGAGGCCUCGAUCUAUCAGCAGGCAGAGGACGGGAAGACCGAGCUGUCCCUCAUGCACUUCGCCAUCACUAAUCCUCAGUGGCAGCCUCCGAGAGAGAGCACGCACUUUAUCAGCCAGCUGAAAGAGAAAGUGCACCGCGAGGCCACUGGGGGGCAGCAGGGGACCGCCACAGAGAACCUCACUUCUGCUCACUCGCUGCAGUCCGAGUCCGAGCCUCGAAGCCUCGUCGCUAACCUCCUGGCCGGUCCGCCGUCCUUGGCCUCGUUACACCUGGGUCGAGACGGCUCCAUCAUCAAUCACAUGUCCAUGGGAGUGAACGAGGGUGCGUCAGCCCUGCGCUCCCUCUCCCCCCUCAGCACCAGUCUGCACCUGAGGGCCAGCUACCUGUCCUCCAGACCCCCCCGACCGGACCACCCUGCUGUGGCAGCGGGCAGAGCCAUGGCAGGAUCCGGCACUGAUGCUCGCACCAUCAGUUCCGGUAGCAGUGCUUGGGAAGGUCAGCUGAACAGCAUGGUCCUAUCAGAAUACGCCUCCACAGAGAUGAGCAUUCACGCCCUCUACAUGCACGAGAUGCACAAAAAGCAGUCCAGUGUCGAGAUCUCACGUCACACCUGGCACAGGCAGGAGAGCGACGAGAGCAGCGAGAGCGUCCACGAUUACACCGAGACGACACGCAACCUGUUACCCCGCUCCAACACUUUCCCCUGCAACACCACUGCCAACCAGCAGGGGGCCACAGUCCAUAGCAGUGUCAGUCAGUACGGGGGAACUACAGGUGCCCGGGUCCAACGCACGGCCCGGAUGCCGAUGGGAGGCUGGGAGGAGAAAUCUGUAGCGGAGGAAGGCUCUGAAGAUGAGCUACCACCACAUGUUCAUAAGGUUACAUAAUGAAGAACUUCUCAGACCUUCGUCGUAACAAAAGGGAAAA